UUUUGCCUCCUCGCGAUCGGACAAACCCGAUCAGCUCUCCAUCAUCAACGGCUUGGCUUACGCCCGAGCAAUAUUACUCCAACGGUUCUGACCGACCAUCAUCAUUAUCCAUCCUGUGCAGCAACCCUCUUCUGAUCGAUCUUCGAUUCUCCCACAUCGACGUCAUCCUCGUUCAGCCGCUUUUGCCUGCCGUUACUUAUGCAACCAAGAAUCACCACCCGCUGCCAACAUCCUUUCUCACCGAUCGAAGAUCUCUUCUCCGAUUGGAAAGCGGGACGCCUGACACUCUACGCCGCGGCGGUACAUCCGCGGCUGAUCAUGGUCGAGCCCUCUCUCGCACCACCCCACACCACACACUACAUCCCACUCAUCUCGCUCGUCAUCGUUCGUUCCCCCAAAUCCGUAUUCCACCCGAGUCACGGCAAUCGAAGUGAUGGCGGCGAGGCGUCAGCCCAUUGCAUCCUGCAGUCCCUGACUCUGUCCACACUCGUCACCAAACCACAGACUGCAAAGCCCGUGGCGUUUGGAAAGUGCCGUGUGGACGACGACGCAAGAAAGAAGGCGUCCGAGGUUUUUACUUGCGCAAUUUGGGCUGCUGGACGCGAUGUUUACGUGUUUGGGACGUCAAGCUUUUUUCCCCCGCGUCACAAAACGCGCUAGAGGCGCGCGACACGUGAUGUGGCUUCAUCCUCAGUCACGUCCAUCGAAUCUGCUUUUCAUCAUUACGUCUUCCUCUGCUGCACUCCAACGUUAUAUAUAUAUCCAUACUUUACCAUUCCAUUGGAACCGUCCAA